AUAUCAUUAUACGACUGUGACUUGUAAAAAUUAAAUUUGAAAUAAACAAAAAAAAUGAGUUUCUGUGCAUAUGAUUCGGAUAUUGUUAUAUGCAACAAUGAUCAUUUUAUAAUGUAUAAUAUUAAUGAUAACUUAAUAAAUAACAUAGAACUACCUCAUUUGGAAUGUAAUAAGAUAGUUAAUAUACAUAAUAAUGUAGAUAUUGAAUCAUAUCAUAUGAUUAUUAGUACAACAUUUUCUAAUGAUGGCAAAUAUUUUUUGGUAUGCACAAAUCGUAAACAAUUGUGCUUAUACGAACGAAAAAGUAAAGAACUUAUAUCGAACAGAAUACUACCUAGAGCAGCAAGUAAAGUCAUUUUUUCUCCAAACAAUGAUAUAAUUGUUGCCGAUAAAGCUGGAGAUGCUUAUCUGUUUUCUACUACAAAUCCUGUGGGAAAUGGAAUUUUACUUUUGGGACAUUUAUCAAUGCUACUAGAUAUACUCAUAACUGAAGAUGGAAAGUAUAUUUUAACGACUGAUAGAGAUGAAAAGAUCCGUGUAUCAAUGUUCCCAUAUUCAUAUAACAUUGUAUCGUAUUGUCUUGGACAUAGCAAAUUUGUUACAAAUAUUUGCGAACUACCCCAUAAAAAAGAUAUUUUAAUAUCAUCAGGAGGAGAUGGAACUCUUAAAUUUUGGGAUUAUGUAUGUGGAAAUGAACUAUUAACUGUUAAUUUUAGUGAAAAAAUUCCUAAAUAUAAUAUUGAUAAUUUUAAUAAAAUUCUUAAAACUAAUCAUGAAGAACAUGUAAAUGUGUUACCAGUAAAACAUCUAAGGGCUGCGAAACUUAAUAAAUUAUCGUCCUUAGUUGUUAUUAGUUUUUAUAGUAGUAAUGUAUUGCUAGUAUAUAUUAUUGAUGAAACAGUGGAAUCAAGUUUAACUGCCACUUGGAGUGAAAACGUAAUAAUGGAAGAUGAACCUUUAGAUUGUUUUUUAAAAAAUAAUCAAAUGUGGAUUUUAACAAAUUCAGGAGUAAUCGUAUAUAUCUUAGACAAUAAUCAUUUUGUAUUAGAUUCAACUACAAAUAAUACAUUAAAAGAAUUGAAUGAAGCUUGGAUGUCAUUGAAUAAUAAUACACUUAGGAAAAAUUUAUUUCCUAGUUUGUACAAAAGAAAAUAUGAUAAUGUACAACAGUAUUUAGAAAGAAAAAAAUUACGUCUGCCACCUACUUUGGAAUAAGGACUUUCAGUCAAUAAAAAAAAAAAUAAUAAUUAGCGUACAAUAUAUAUCAUGUAUUAUAAAUUUUAAUUCUUUAUUAUAUUGGGUAAUAAAAG